GAGUAGAUGAGUUGUUAGUUACAGUUGUUGUAAUCUUUGUAAAUACUAAUACUAAGUAAUGUAGAGAAAUUUACUCACACUAAAAUAACUAAGCAAACUAAGAAUAAAUAUGUAAUAAUAUUUUAAAUAUAUAUUAUUUUUAUUAUGAUAGGUAUUAUUUUUUUAUUAUCAACGUUUUAUCGGAGUGUUUAUUUAUUCGGUCCAAAUAUUAUUACGCCAAAUAGUGAAUUUUUAAAUAGUUGGUAAUCGAUUGAACCGAAAUUGCUCAUUGAAAUGUUCCAGUAUUUUAAACAUACCUGCUAUAUUAUCGUACAAAAUUAUGAUAUUGUUUAAAAUUAUUAAAUUAUCAGUUGUCUUAAAAUUAUAAAGAUCGUGUUGAUCUCGGGCAGCAUCUGUUAUUACGCCUCUGGCGAAGCACACAUAUUUCGAUACGCUAUAUGAAAUCUGUGUCAAUGAAUGCUGGUGAACACCAACUUUCACUAAUCCAACCACGUACCAUUGCCGUUUGUUCAUCUUGUUCAGUAUCAUUCCUGUCUGUGAUGUUAUAAUAUCCAAAUAUAAGAAAGAAAUACGUAGUGAUUUGUGAUAACUUAAAAUCAUUAAUUUUUUCUUUAUUAUGUUGUAUUGCAUAGACAGUAGAAAUAACAGUCGCGGCAUGAGAUCUAAAUCGUUACAAGAUUUGCCUGAAGCCAGUACAAGCUCAGCGGCGCCUACUCGUAAAAGACGUAUGCCGAGAUUUUCUUUACGCCGACUUUUGUAUUCAAAUACAUUUUUGGCAAGACAUCUGGGAAGUUCGCAAAGUGGUAAACGUCGAACUAUUAUUACCGGUGGUCCUAGUGUAGCAGAUGUAACAGAUUUUGAAAAAGCCCCUUUAGGGUUUGGGCAAAACUAUACAGAUCCUAAAAAGGUUACUCCAGUAUCCAACGUCAAAAUUGGUGCUCCAGUUGAUGGUGUAUUAGAAUGUCCAUUAUGUCUAGCCAAAUUUGAUGAAAAUUAUUUUGCUAAAUUGUCAACUUGUAAUCAUCGUUCCUGUUUUGACUGUUUUCAACAAUAUUUACGUAUAGAAAUAUGUGAAUCACGUGUAAACAUCACCUGUCCAGAGUGUUCUGAAGCUAUGCAUCCAAAUGACAUACAAAGUGUGCUCAAUAAUCUAGCUCUUUAUGAAAAAUAUGAAGACUUCAUGGUACGGAGAGUGUUAGCAGUUGAUCCUGAUACUAGAUAUUGCCCUUCGCCUGACUGCAGCUAUGCUGUCAUAGCUGCAGGUUGUGCCAGUUGCCCAAAGAUAAAAUGUGAACGUCCUGGUUGCGAUUCAUACUUUUGUUACCAUUGCAAAGCUGCAUGGCAUCCUAAUCAAACAUGUGAUUCCGCUAGAGCAAAACGAUCAUCAAAUAUGAGAACCUCAUCUUUAACAUUUAGUACAGAUUCACAGUCACGUAUGAAAUGUGAAGACAUUAAACCUUGUCCUCGUUGCCAGGUUUUAAUUGUAAAAAUGGACGAUGGCUCAUGUAAUCAUAUGACAUGUGCAGUUUGUGGAGCAGAAUUUUGUUGGCUAUGUAUGAAAGUAGUCAGUGAUUUACAUUAUCUUAGUCCUUCAGGUUGUACUUUUUGGGGUAAAAAACCCUGGUCUAGAAAGAAAAAGCUUCUAUGGCAAUUAGGUACAUUAGUAGGAGCUCCAGCUGGUAUUGGCUUAAUUGCAGGAAUUGCAAUACCUGCAAUAAUUAUUGGCGUACCUGUUUGGACUGGACGAAAAAUGUAUACUCGUUAUAGACUUUCAAGUCGAUUAAAACGGAAUUUUGCAAUUGCUGGUGGGGUAUUAGCUGCAUUAAUUGCUGCACCAGUUAUGGCCAGUUUAGCUGUUGGAAUUGGAGUUCCAAUAUUAUUAUUUUAUGUUUACGGUGUAGUUCCAGUAUCUCUGUGUCGCUCAGGUGGCUGCGGGGUUACUACAUCAUCAAAUGGAGUACAUUUUGAUUUUGAUGAAGAUCACAGCGCUCCUAAAACAGUUAAUAUAGAUUACUUCACAACCACUGAUGGUGAUACUGUAAGUCACGGUGCUGAAAUUGGUAAUCCUUCCAUUGGAGAACCGUCAUUCUGGAAUGAUUGGGAUGGUGAUACUGCAUUGGGAAGAGAUGCCGAUCGAGAAUCAGCAAGUACUGUCGCAUUAGCUGGCAGUUUGUUAGCUCAAAAAGUUGACAGCAGUGAGACGGCAUCAAUGCGUUCGGGCCAAAAAACUGUGACUGAUGUGAGUGAUGAGACACAAUCACAAUCGCAACAGCCUAUAAAUUUGUCUCUAAGUUCAUUAGAAGAGUUAACUGCCGGAUUGAUGCGACGGGUAUUAGGAAAUAGUGAUGAAACCGAUACUCCAGCAACAUCAAUUAGAUCACGUACCACUACUGAAGUGCGUUUUGGCAAUACAGUCAGCAUUAUUUCUCCCCCUGUGAUGGACUCCCAUCAAAAUUUUUUACCUUUUAGAGGGUUUGUAAGAAACUUGCUCUGUAGAACAUCAAGUGAAUUCCCAACCAGCUCAUAAUCAUAUAUUUGUAUUGUUUUUUUUUUUAUACCUAUGAAAUUAUACCAUUUACAGGGCUUUAUAUUUUGCUCUCACUUAAACUGGUCUUUCUAUUUUUAGUUUGAUAUUUUCAUUAAUGUUUUUUUUUGUGUUUACAACUAUAUUUGUAUAAUAUAUUAAUAUAUAUAUAUAAUUAUUAUAAUUUAUUUAUCAUAAAUAUAUAUAUUUAAUUUUUCCUUUAAAGCGACUGUGAUCACUGGGGUUUUAUUACUAUAUUUGUUUAUUUAUUUAUUUUUGUUUUUUUGUCACAAUUAGUAGAUUAUUAUUACAACAAAUGUUAACAAUAUAGAAUUUAUUAAUUGUAUGAAAAUAAAAAAUAAAAUAGAAUAAGUUACAUUUUUCGGUAACCUAAAUUAUUUGUUUAAGAUUAAUUAUUGCAUUAUAGCUAUUAAAAUAAUUCUAGAAACCAAAA